AUGAAGAAGCCUUACAACCGGCCACAAACUUCUCAGGGUUCCACUUGCUACCAGUGUUGCGGACCCCAUCUAAAGAGAAAUUGCCCUCAGCUAACAGGUGGCAUGGGAGGAUCAGGUGAUAGUCGCAAGUGUUUCAUAUGCGACAAAUCGGGCCACUUUGCCAAUAAUUGUCCAGAAAACAAGAGUCUUGGUGUGAAGAAACCAGCAGUAUCACCAGCAGAAAGAGCUAGAGCGGCUGGUAGAGUCUUUGCCAUGACCACCACAGAGGCUACUCAAUUAGUAUUGUUCGACUCUGGAGCAACGCAUUCUUUCAUCUCUAAUGCAUGUGUGGGGAGAUUGAGUCUGGAGAAACGUGACUUGGGGUGUCAGUUAUUUGUUUCAACUCCUUCCUCAGGUCAGGUAGCUACCAAUUCAAUUUGCGUUGGGUGUUCAUUGGCAGUGGCAGGUCGCAGAUUCAAGGUGAACUUAGUGUGCUUUCCCUUUGAGGGACUGGAUGUGAUAUUGGGGAUGAACUGUUUGUCUAACAAUCACAUCAUAAUUGAUUAUGGACGACAUAGUUUGGUGUUCCCAAAACAUGAAGGGUUGGAGUUGAUCUCAACUCGAGAAGCUGUGAGAGCGCUGCAAGAAGGGGCCACGUGUUUUAUGGUGAUGGCUAAACAAGAAAAGAAAGGCGCAACAAAGUUGAUUUAG